AUGAAAAGGAUAGCUAUUGACUAUGGCCUGGAGUUUCCUUAUGUGUCAAAGGCGACUAUGGAAGAGAUUGAAGCCAAUCGAGAGAAGUGGUAUGAGGAAGCCAUAUGGGACUAUUUGAAUGUGCCUAAACCGUUCCGGGAACUUGGACUAUUCCUGUAUAAUGGCUCACCGCUUCCAGGGAUGUCGGCUGCAUUGGAGCUAUGGUUUAGUGUUGCAGAUUUCCAGGCUGUACAAACUAUGAUUUUCACGAUUGAAGAAAUAAACAAAAGUGAUACGUUGCUUCCCAAUAUUACUGUGGGCUACAGAAUAUAUGAUGCAUGUUAUACCCACUUCCAGGCAACGCGGGCAACUGUGUUAUUGACCACUGGUGUUGGAGACCAGCACAUAACCUGUGACAAACUUCCAUUAGUACCGGUGAUAGUCGGAGGCUGCUGGUCUACCCAAUCAAUUGCUGUGACAAGAGUGGCGGGGCUUUUCAGAAUUCCAGUGAUCAGUUACUUUUCCACGUGUGCUUGCUUGAGCAAUAAACAUGAAUAUCCAACUUUUCUUCGCACAAUACCCAGUGACUUGUUCCAGUCCCGUGCCCUGGCAAAACUGGUACAACAUUUCAAAUGGACAUGGAUAGGUCUUAUUGUGGAAGAUAAUGACUAUGGGCAAAAUGCUGGAAGCACAUUUAAAGAGGAAGCCACAAAACUAGGUCUCUGUGUAGCAUUUUAUGAAAUUAUUCCAGCCGUUGUUACUCCCAGCAAGAUUUCACAGAGUGUAAAAAAAAUCCUCACACAUCAAGUGAAGGUUGUGCUUAUAAUUGCCUCUGAAAUUAUCGUAGGAAUAAUUGUCCAGGAAGUUUUUUAUCAGAACAUAUCAGGAAUCCAGUGGAUUGCUAGUGAGGCCUGGUCCACCUCAGAAUAUGUAUUUACUCACCAAUUGUAUUCAAAUUUUGGAGGCACAAUUGGAUUCGCCAUACGCAGAGGGGACAUUACUGGACUGAAAGAUUUUCUUGCCAAUACACAUUUCUCCCAGCAGGAAAGCAACCCACUUAUUACAAAUCUAUGGGAAUAUACUUUUAAUUGCUCCAUUAAUAAUUCUGUUCACACAGGUAAAGUACCAUGUACUGGAUUAGAGGAUUUAAAUGCCUUUGCUUCCCUCUAUCUAGAUGUGAGCAACCUGCGUAGCUCAUAUAACGUUUACAAAGCAGUUUAUGCAGUUGGUCAUGGUUUGCACAACAUGAUUGAGGUAAAUGGAUUCAAAGAUUUUCUUAAAAGUCAGAGCACCAUUUUGAAGCCUUGGAAGCUUUUAGGGUAUCUCAAAAAUGUGAAUUUUACUAUGGAUUCUGGUGAUGAAAUAAGCUUUGACCAAAAUGGAGAUCCCUAUCCAUCAUAUGAUCUGGUGAACUGGCAAAAGAAAGAAGAUGGAUCAUUUUUCUUUGCUCAUGUGGGGGAAUUCAGUGGAAAUGAAAACUUAAGAGUGAAUGAACAUUCUAUAAUAUGGCAAGGAGGUCAAAAAGAGUUGCAGAUACCAGUGUCUGUUUGCAGUGCAAGCUGCCCACCUGGAAGCAGAAAAGCAGUACAGCAAGGGAAAUAUUCAUGUUGUUUUGACUGUGUAAUGUGUGAAGAAGGCACAAUCAGUAAUCAAACAGAUUCUCUGGAAUGUCUGGUAUGUCCUCUAGAGUUCUGGUCCAAUACACAGAAAGAUUGCUGUGUCCCAAAGAAGCUGGAAUAUAUUUCCUUCAAGGAAACAUUGGGAUCUGUUCUGUUUGGAGGAGCGUUGCUUGGCAUAUUUCUUACAAUAACCAUCAUUGUUAUCUUCAUAUACCAUCGUUAUAAUCCCAUUGUGCGUGCUAACAAUUCUCACCUGAGCUUCUACACCCUCUUCUCCAUUGUCCUCUGCUUGCUGUCUUCCAUUACCUAUCUGGGACAACCAUCCGCCGUGUCUUGUCUUCUUAGAAAUACUGGAUUUGGCAUUACAUUUACCUUCUGCAUUUCUUGUAUUCUGGGUAAAACCAUUGUUGUGAUUGUGGCAUUUAAUGUGCAACAUCCUGACAGGAAAGCAGCUUUGUUAUUUAGUCCUAUAAAACAAAAAGUCCUUAUUACUCUAUGUAAUUUGUUUCAGAUUGUUGUUUGUUCUGCCUGGAAUAUAUUGUCUCCUCCACAACCCAUAAGGAAAACCACUUUUGACAGCCCUGCAAUUACUUUGCAGUGUGAUGCUGGUUCACUUCUGGCCUUUUCUCUAGUGCUGGGAUAUAUUGGGCUCCUGGUAUGUGUUUGUUUCACUCUGGCUUUCUGUGCUCGGAACUUGCCCUAUCAUUAUAAUGAAGCUAAACUCAUUACCUUCAGCAUGGUGAUAGUCUCUGCUGUGUGGAUAACAUUCAUUCCCACCUAUCUGAGCGCUCCAGGAAAAUAUUUAGAUGCAUUACAAAUGUUUGCAAUACUAUUCUCUUGUUAUGGUCUUCUCGUAUGUAUAUUUGUUCCAAAAUGUUACAUGAUUUUAUUGCAACCGCACAAGAAGAUACAGAGAAUGCAGAGAAAAGAGUAAAGAUACUCUCAUAUGGUUUAAAGAUUGUUUUAAUACUUUUCUAAAAAAAGUCACCUAUUGUGAGAGGAAGUUUCUGGUUCCCUCACUCUCAUACUUAACCUCAGGAUUAUCAACAGAAAGUCAGUCAGAGAACUAAAUUCGAACUGGAUUGGAUUAGCAAGACAGUCAGGAAACUAUAUCCAUGUAAAUCUAUGGAAAUUAAAAACUAAAUGCAGCCAAAACAUUUUUUAUAGACUAGGAUAAAGUAAAUGAUGUCAGAUUGUUACUGCUGUUUAUGAUCCCAUUGAGGAGAUUUCCCCUCACUUGCUGACCAGCCUUUGAUAGCUGGAAAUGAGGAGAGCUGCCAUCAUCAAGACAUACAUUUAUGGAUUGCAAUGACCUGUCAGAGGUUAUAACAGCCACCAUUUUAAUGAAGAAAACAUGUUUUUGUUGCAGUCGACGUCCCCAGGUGACAGAUUUCCUAUCACUACCUGUACCAAUAGAACGUUGGGGGGAACAUUUCCCAAUAGAGGUACAGACUUCAAUAAAAUCAUGACGUGGUUCUGUUACUUACCCACUUUGUCUAAAACAAAAGAACUUGUGGCUGGAGUGGGGCUUUGAAAAAGUAAACUUUUUCAUUUGUGAUAGUUUAUAUUGUAUAUUGUUUUGCUGAGCAGCCUAUUAUUCUUUGUUUUAUAACAUUUUAAGAUAAAUACAUCUAAAUUUGAGUAAUGUAUUUCAAUAAUUAAUUAGCCAGGAAGUCGUGUGUGUGGAAACUUUAUCUCUCUUAUAACAUGCCUUCAAUAUCUACUUCUCUUUUAUGCCAUUUAAAAGCUAGAUGUACAAUAUUCUUAAUACAAUUCACAAAUUA